AUGUUUUUCCGAGUAGAUCAGCAGGAUUAUGGGUGCGCAAAUACGAAUCUAAAAAACGCAAAGAAGAACAUGCGUAUAUACGUUUUACGAAUGAAUAAGUGUUGGCCGACAGAGAAAUGGCUAUCAGCGAAUCCCGUUCUUACAUCCGUGCAUUAA